AUGGGACAUUGUGUUAAAUCUUUGCCACGGUACCAACGUUUGACGCAUCACCGCGGUUGUCGGUUUAAAUCCCGCACUCGUAUUUUGAAUUUUUUAUUAUUAUUUUUCCUGGUAAACUGUGGAGCUUAUGGAAGUUUUUUGGCGCCGGGCAAUGCUGUUGUUUGCUGUGCUUGGCCAAUAAAAUAUAAUAAGGCCUGCCUCGCCAUCCCGAAAAAGUCGCGUGUCAGCAAAGACUGGAUAUCACCGAACUGCAAGAAGAGCACACGCAGGGGUGACAACACGCAUACGCCUGUAAAGGGUAUCAGCGAAUUUUCCGAGCCCGAAAAACCGGUUGCUGCACGGGAACCCGUUGACCUGGCCAGUGGCUCUUCAAAGGAAGAUGAGGUCCAGGGUAAGGCCAAGGAGAACGCCGCCGGAAAUAAUCACACCAGUGAUAUAAAAAGUUUGCUGGCCGGGGGACAGUCCCAUACAAUUAAAUUUUCCACAAAGAAAGUAAACACUGUUUCUUCAUAUGGCACCUGCAGACCAUUCUUUAAACAGCUUAAGCUGCUGACGCUACCUUGCGUGUACAUUUUUGAGAAAUGCACCGGCGCCCGUGGCUCCCAGGAGUCUGGCGGCGUGGGUUUAGGGUCGACCUUCGCUCGCACUCUGCCGCCGGCCUACAAGGUCAGCAAGUCUGUGGUGGCGCUCCUGAAGGCCUUCGGAUGGUCCAAGUUUGCCAUCGUGGUCGGGGACGCUGUCACCGCCGCUGCUCAGCAAAUGGCUGCUAUCAAAGAAUUCGCCCAGUCAAAUGGAAUGGUAGUCACUACGGAGCAGAGUUUCGCCGACUACAUACCGCUGCACAUCUCUGAAAUGGAAAGAAUCGUCGACCAGACAUAUGACAAGACUAGAGUAUACGUAUUCCUUGGUGAGCAUAUCGCUCUGGUGGACUUCGUCAGCGUGCUUCAGCGCAGGGGACUCCUGGACAAAGGGGAGUACGCGGUGGUAGCUGUGGACGACGAAAUCUAUGACCCCAGCAACACCGCAAUCACACACGCAGAUCAUCUCGGUCAGAACAGUAGCAGCGACAUUCUAGCGUUCCGUGCAGUGCUGAAAUUGACACCUUCUUUCCCCACCAAUCCGCACUAUGAGGUGCUGUGCCAAAUGAUCCGUGAACUGUCUGCGGCGCCGCCAUUCUGCGUGCCCAACUAUCACAAACUAUUUGAGGAUAUCUCGGUGCCAAUCGAAGCUGCACAUCUGUACGACGCUGUCACCCUGUGGGCGCGGGCUGCAACCGCUGCCAUGAGGUCUGGUCUGCAGCCCACCGACGGAGCGUCUCUCAUGAAGCUCCUCAAGCCCACCACCUACCGAUCCGUGCAGGGAUUCGAUAUAAAUAUGGACAGCGCCGGCGAUGCUGAAGGCAACUUCACAGUCAUCGGCCUAGUUGCUGAUGACGCAGCCCCAGGCGGAUGGAGCGCGCAGCCGGUGGCCACCUUCCGCUAUGCAAACUCUUCGGAUUUGCUGCCGGAACUGGUCGGCGGCCAAGACAUAGCCUGGAUAGGGGGACAGCCGCCAGUCGCUGAACCGGCCUGCGGUUUCAGCGGAGCGAAGUGCUCUCUGCCCCAUGACCCCGUCGUGUUAUCCGCUGUGGCAGCCGUUGUAGCUGCUGCGCUCCUGGCAGCAGCGCUACUAGUGCGCCACUACAGAUACGAGCAAAAGCUCGCGUCAGUGCUAUGGAGGAUCGAAGCGAAGGACCUGACCUACAUAUCGACUUGCAGCAAUGACAAGCCCAACUUGCCUCAGGAGAUCGACACCAAACGGGCUCACACCACCGUCGCACUGUACAGAGGAAACAUCGUGGCCGUCAAACGACUUCGCAAGAAGAGCAUAGACAUCACGAGAGCUAUCAAGAAGGAACUGAAACAGAUACGUGAACUUCGUCACGAGAACUUGACUGCAUUCGUUGGGGUUUGCGUGGAGAGUGGCGCGGCUUGCAUCGUCUCCGCUUACUGCUCGAGAGGAUCAUUAGCCAGGGUGCUGGCUGACAGAGACCUGCAUCUGGACGACAUGUUCGUGGCCAGCCUGGUCGCGGAUUUGUUGAGGGGGCUGACUUAUCUACACGAGUCGCCCCUGGGGUCACAUGGCAACUUGACGUCGAGCAAUUGCCUGGUAGAUAGCAGAUGGGUCCUCCAGAUAUGCGAUUACGGCCUGCACAAUUUAAAGAGUGGCUGUACAGACGCCGAAGAUGCUUUGCGGAUGGAGAGACGUAUGCUGUGGAGGGCACCAGAGUUCCUCAGGGACCCCAAUCUCCCCCCCAGGGGUUCCCAGAAGGGCGAUGUGUACUCCUUCGGGAUCAUACUGUACGAAAUAUUGGGCAGGAACGGUCCGUGGGGCGACACCAACCUGACUAAUGCUGAAAUAAUCGGAAGAGUGCGACAGCCUAUCGGAGGGAUACUGUUCAGGCCGCCGCUGAGCGGUUUGCAGGCAAGACCGUCCGUGCUGGCCGUCCUCAACGCAUGUUGGAGCGAGCGGCCUGACCGGAGGCCGGACCUGAGACUGGUCAGACUCAGGCUGAAAGACAUGCACGCCGGCAUGAAGACGAACAUAUUCGACAACAUGCUGUCUAUGAUGGAGAAAUACGCUUCCAAUCUAGAAGAGUUGGUAGCAGCGAGAACUGGACAAUUAUUACAAGAGAAAAGGCGAACCGACGAUUUGCUGAACAGAAUGCUACCAAGGUAA